AACAGUAAGCGGAAGACUGGAGCAGUUUUGGAUGACGAUGAUUGCCAGAUGAGCUUACAUUCGUGUCCUUGACGCGGGGUGGUUGGAGUGAGAUCGCUUAUUGGCCUAACUGUGCUGCCAUUUGUAUAAGGCACCUGAUGGGGCAGCCCCACGUCUGGCUCGUGAGAAAGGAGGCGUGGUUAGUGAGCAAGAUGGCGGUAGCGAUAUCUGUGGCCAAGAUGUGGAGGCAGAGCCGUGGCCUGGGCCAGGCUGCUCUCGUGGCGCUGCGGCGGCCUGGGGCUCGGGGCUUGGCUGGAUCCCGCCCCAGCACGCAGCAGCAGCAGUUCCCAUCCUUGGACGACAAGCCCCAGUUCCCAGGGGCCUCGGCAGAGUUUGUAGACAAGCUUGAGUUCAUCCAACCCAAUGUCAUCUCCGGCAUCCCCAUCUACCGUGUCAUGGACCGCCAGGGCCAGAUCAUCAACCCCAGCGAAGACCCCCAUCUGCCCCAGGAGGAGGUACUGAAGUUAUACAGGAGCAUGACACUGCUCAACACCAUGGACCGGAUUCUGUACGAGUCCCAGCGGCAGGGCCGGAUCUCCUUCUACAUGACCAACUAUGGUGAGGAGGGGACUCAUGUGGGCAGUGCCGCCGCCCUGGACCGUACAGACCUGGUGUUUGGCCAGUACCGGGAGGCAGGUGUGCUCAUGUACCGGGACUAUCCUCUGGAGCUGUUCAUGGCCCAGUGCUAUGGGAACGUGAAUGACCCCGGCAAGGGCCGCCAGAUGCCCGUUCACUAUGGCUGCAAGGAGCGACACUUCGUCACCAUCUCCUCUCCACUGGCCACGCAGAUCCCUCAGGCGGUGGGGGCAGCCUAUGCUGCCAAGCGGGCCAAUGCCAACCGGAUUGUGAUCUGUUACUUUGGCGAGGGGGCAGCCAGCGAAGGGGAUGCUCAUGCUGGCUUCAACUUUGCCGCCACCCUGGAGUGUCCUAUCAUCUUCUUCUGCCGGAACAACGGCUAUGCCAUCUCCACCCCAACCUCCGAGCAGUACCGUGGGGACGGCAUCGCGGCUCGGGGCCCUGGGUAUGGCAUCCUGUCGAUCCGCGUGGACGGCAACGAUGUGUUUGCAGUGUACAACGCCACCAAGGAGGCCCGGCGGCGGGCGGUGGCGGAGAACCAGCCCUUCCUCAUCGAGGCCAUGACCUACAGGAUUGGGCACCACAGCACCAGUGACGACAGCUCGGCGUACCGGUCGGUGGACGAGGUCAACUACUGGGACAAGCAGGACCACCCCAUCUCGAGGCUGAGGCAGUACCUGCUGAGCCGGGGCUGGUGGGACGACGGGCAGGAGAAGGCCUGGCGGAAGCAGUCUCGGAAGAAGGUGAUGGAGGCCUUUGAACAGGCGGAGCGGAAGCUGAAGCCCAACCCGAACCUGCUCUUCUCUGAUGUGUAUCAGGAGAUGCCAGCCCAGCUCCGCAGGCAGCAGGAGUCACUGGCACGGCAUCUGCAGACCUACGGGGAGCACUACCCCCUGGACCACUUUGACAAGUGAGGCCCUGGCCACCAGAGAUGCUCCCUCUGAGUGGGGUGGGGUGCUCCCUUAGGCAGCUCUGCUAACAGGCUCAGUGGCCAGGGUGGCACGGCAGACUGUCACGGGGUGACUCCCACCCCCAUUCCUGCUCCUCCAGGCUGCUCCACCGGGGCCCAGUGUUUGCUGAGGCGCCAAUCUCCCCUUCACCCGUAACAGUGCCUUUUAGGGGUGGCCAGGGGAGACCCUCUAGGCAGGCGGCCCUGGACCUGCCUGCAUCAGAGCUGGUCGCGAGUGAAUAAAUCGGGGCUCUACCUUUUA